GGUGGCAAAGGGGCCGGCAGCGAAGGCUACUGGGCGCCGCUUGCGCCGGCGCAGGGUGCGCUCGAGCAGCAGCCCCAGCGCCCGGGCGCCGCGGCGCCGACGCCGGGGCUCGCGCCGGGAGCGCAGCCCGAGCAAGCGGGCUGCCCGCCGGCGGCCCCCGUGAGCAAGACGGGCGCACCCGAGCCCGCCGAGGCAGCCGACACGCGCUGCUCCGCGGCGGGCGGCGACGAGCCGCGAGCGAGCCCCCCGGGCCAGCGCUCCCGCAGCGGCGACUCCAGCUCUCCCGCGCGGGCGCCCGGCCGAAUCCGAGGCCGCGCGCAGGCAGUCCCCGCGGAAGGGACGCUUCUCGCAGGGCCAGGCGCGGCGGCGGCGGCGGCGGCGACGGCUGCCCCGGCCAGCAGUGGCAGCAGCUCCAGCGGCUCCGAGAGCGGCUCCCUGGGGGCGGCGCCGCGGGCUCCCGCGGAGGCUCCGCCCAGGGCGGCAGCGCUAGGAACAGGGGCUCCGAGGGCAGCUCCGCCCACGGCGGCAGCGCCAGGAGCAGGGGCCCCGAAGGCAGCUCCGACUGCGGCGGCAGCGCCGGGAGCUGGGGCUCCGACGGCAGCUCCGCUGGCAGCGGCAGCGCCGGGAGCAGGGCCAGGCGGCGGCGCGGCCACCGCGGCGGACGACGGCGCGGACGCCGCACCGCGGGCGACGGGCCCGAGGGACCCGCAGGCGGCGCCCCCCGCGGAGGCGGUAGCGGCGGCGCUCCAGGCGAGCGGCCGGGGCUUCGCGGCCGAGGGGGCCGCGGAGGGCGUCCUGGCCGAGGCGCACCCUAUCGAGCUCGAGUAUGACGGGCUCAACUGGGUGCGGCUCGCAGGCCAGCCGGACGCGGCUGGCCUGCGAGCCGCGCCCAGUACUGGGAGCCCAGUACUGGGCCCCCUUGCCCCGGCCACCCCGCGGGACGAGGCGAGCUCCGCGGGGCCGGUGGCCGGGGAGCAGGCGGAGAGGCGCGCGGCUGCGGCCGCCGCCGUCGCUACCCCGCCGCGGGCGCGGGGCCGGACGGACUCCGCAGCAGAGGCUCCGCCGGCCGCUCCGCCUGCGGCGGCGGCGCCAGGAGCGGGGGCUCCGACGGCUGCUCCGCCUGCGGCGGCAGCGCCGGGAGCGGGGGCCCCGACGGCUGCUCCGCUUGCGGCGGCAGCGCCGGGAGCGGGGGCUCCGCCGGCGGCACCGCCAGGGGCGGUAGCGCCGGGAGCAGAGCCUGUGAAGCGGCGGCUCUGGGCUGACCUAGCGGCGGAGGAGGAAGAAACCGCUAGGCUCGACGCCCUGCAGGCGGCGACCCUGCCCGCGGGGGGCGCGCGGGCUGCUGGAGGCGCCGCCGCCAGACCCGCCCCUGGCGCCACGGCGGCAGCGCGCGCGGCGGCGGCGGACCGCGCGGCGGAGGCCGCUCAGGCGGUGGCCUUGGCUGCGGCCGCGGACGCGGCGGCCGCGGAGGCUGCCGAGGAGCUGCGCGAGGCGGCGUGCGCCACCUUCCAGCGCGGCUGGACGCCUGUCAGGGUCGCCGCGCGCCACCUCUGCCUGACCGAGGGCCGGCGCCUGCCCGCGGCCUGCGGCCGGGUGGCGCGGCAG